UGUCCACAUAUGUCAACUUCAUAGGUAGGUACCUACCUACACCUACUGACUGAAAAAUAUUCAAUGUACAUAACCAAAAACCGAACUAUUUUAUUUUGAUUCGAAGUUUUCUCAACAAAGGCACGUUGUAUAUCAUGCUCCAAUUAUCAAUUAAACGACUUAUCUCGUGUAAUAGACUGAGUGAUUUGCGACGAUCGUUUAUUGUACAAAACAAGAGAAUUCACACUACGAAUCAUUUAAAACACGGAGAAUACGAAUGGCAAGAUCCGAAGUCUGAAGAUGAAGUUGUGAACGUCGUAUAUGUUGAUAAAGAUGGAGUUAAAAUAAAUGUUAAAGGGAAAGUUGGUGAUAACAUUUUAUAUUUAGCACAUAGAUAUGAGAUUCCUAUGGAAGGUGCAUGUGAAGCUUCAUUGGCGUGCACAACUUGCCACGUAUACAUUCCUCACGAUUACUUAGACAAGCUCCCGCCAUCGGAAGAGAAAGAAGAUGAUCUGUUAGAUAUGGCUCCGUUUCUCAAAGAAAAUUCUAGAUUAGGUUGUCAAAUUGUCUUAACAAAAGAAUUGGAAGGAAUGGUAAUACAAUUACCGAAAGCAACUAGGAACUUUUACGUGGACGGACAUAAACCUAAGCCACAUUAAUUUUAAAUAUUGGUGGUAUUAGAAAUGAAGAAAGCAUAAUUUAUUUAUGAAGUUACUGAUAAAGAAACGUGUGAGCAAAACGAAAUACAGUGAAUACAGUCCAGUUAUUGUUUCGAGGGGCUGAAAAGUGAAAGUUAAAAACAAUAU